CCACACGCGGAGAGCCCGACAGAGAGACUGCAUCCGCUCCUGGUAGUCGCUACUGCUGCACGUCGCUCUAACGGAUUCUAACUCGAUACACAUCUCAGGAUUUUUUCUUUUCUUUUUUUUUCAAGGGAGAAGAGACUUUUGAAUAUCACAAUCUGAAAACUCUCACCUCCCCUGCUUUUCGACACAAUUGGAUCGUAAUUUCCUGUGGUUUUGUGGGAUAUUUCUCAAUAAAAAAAGAUGCCUGCCGAUAUGAUGGAAAAAACCUCCUCGUCUCCGGUUGCUGCAACCCCGGCAAGCAUGAACACAACUCCCGAUAAACCCAAGACAGCCUCUGAGCACAGAAAGUCGUCAAAGCCAAUUAUGGAAAAGAGAAGAAGAGCCAGAAUCAACGAGAGCUUGGGGCAGCUGAAAACUCUCAUCCUGGAUGCUCUCAAAAAAGAUAGCUCCAGACACUCCAAACUGGAGAAGGCGGACAUCCUGGAGAUGACUGUGAAGCAUCUCCGGAACCUCCAGAGGGCUCAAAUGACCGCUGCUCUGAACACCGACCCCACUGUCUUGGGAAAAUAUCGUGCCGGAUUCAGUGAGUGCAUGAAUGAAGUGACCCGGUUCCUGUCCACCUGCGAAGGUGUCAACACCGAAGUCAGGACGCGACUCCUCGGCCAUUUGGCCAACUGCAUGACCCAGAUCAAUGCCAUGAAUUAUCCCAGCCAGCAUCAGCACCAACAUCAGCUCCCUUCCACUGCCGGGCCAACACAUCCCUCCUUCGGCCAGUCCAUGGUGCAGAUCCCCAGCUCGUCCCCACAGGUCCUGCCCAUGAACCCAGUGUCCUGUAAAGGUGGCUCCUCACCGGCCAGUUUACCCUCAGACGCCACCAAAGUGUACGGCGGUUUCCAGAUCGUGCCUGCCACAGACGGACAGUUUGCGUUCCUCAUACCCAACGCGGCAUUUGCGCCAAACGGCCCCGUUAUUCCCGUGUACGCCAACAACGUCAGCACGCCCGUGCCCGUUCCGGCCGCGGUGUCUCCCGGAGCCCCGUCUGGCAACACAGAUUCAGUGUGGCGACCUUGGUGAAAAAGCGGAGAAGGGCCGCAGAGACUUGAAAUGACACUUACUAGCUCUUUCUUUGUUCAAUGUUAGAAAGUUGUUUUGAAUCCUGUUAGUUCUUGUAAAAUGGAAAGA